UCUCACCUGUCCAUCGCCACCUCAACUCUCGACUCAUCGACUCUCACCCUAUUCAUCUAUGCGCCAUCCGGAUGGGUGUAUCGUCUAACAACGCGAGCUUGUGUUAGUGAAACGGGGCGACAUCGCGAUACGGAAAAGCAAACAAACAACGCACAGGAGGUUCGACAUCACAACUCAACCUACGACCUCGGUGCGACAUCACGUUUGGGCGGCAAUCGAUAAUCACUCCAUGCGCGACAUGGUCGGUUCCGCACGACCAUCGUUUCAGCCACCUUCACCUCCACCUUCACCCGGAAAACAGAAGCAGAAGCAACAGGAGAACUCCACGAAGUAUGGAGUACCGCUGGAUUUCGUUGCCAAGAAGAUUCAAGAGAUUGCGGAUUCGGGGGAGGCGGAUCCCUUUCGGAAGGAGCGGAGCGAGGACGAGGGAGAUGGGGAGAGGGAGAGGAGACGGGAGGUGAAGGUCAUGAAGAGGAAGGAGUCUGUGGUUAGCAGUGGCAUGGGUUCGGAGAAAGAGAUGGAACGAGUUGCAGAGUCGUCGAGAGCUGCGGCUGCUAGAAAUUCGGCCCACAAGGAAGAUGACUCUUCGCCUGAGGCCAAGGACGAUAACGAGUACCCGUUGCCGUCGGAGCUGCCAGCAUGGUAUGCAAAGAUCAAGACCACGGACAGAGGCAUGAAAGAGCUGGGCAAGCGGCCCAGUUCCCUAGCGACGCAGGCGUUAACGGCCCUGUCAAGCAUGAAGGGAUGCAUGGAUCGCUGUGAACAGCAGGGCGUAAGCCGUGCACAGCUCGAAAAGCUCUUCGAAGAGCUGCGUGACCAAGUGCACAAGGCAGAGAUCACGCUCAAGGUCGACCGCUUCAUAGUCCGCAAGACGAGGUUCCUCGACCCGGAAUACGGGCUGCCUCGCAUCUUCGCUUCCAAGAAGGUGGACUUCCCAUCGGACCUGAAGGCCGACGCCUGGCAGCUCUAUAGCCGAUGGCGCCAGGAGGUCUUCGAGGUUGACAUCUUAAGAGGUAUCAGGAUUGCCAGGGGAACCGACCGCGGUGGCGACCGGAUUGAUCCUACCUACAAGGGUAGGCAAUACGCCAAUUUCUACGGGCAAGGACACCUGGUGCUUGGACAGUGGUGGCCGACGCAGCUGUGCACAGUCCGAGAUGGAGCCCACGGCACUCCUCAAGGCGGUAUAUACGGAGAGAAGGAGAAAGGUGCUUACUCCAUCGUCCUUUCGGGCAUGGGAGAAUCAACGUAUGCCGACGAGGACAACGGAACAGAUAUCUGGUACAGCGGCACCGACGGCAAGGACUGCACCCCCACGGACAGCACGGUCCGCAUGAUAGAAUCAUGUGACACGGUGCAUAAUCCCGUGCGCGUCAUCCGAUCGUACCAGCUCAUGAAAAGUAACCGUUAUCGACCGCAAUUUGGCUUGCGGUACGAUGGCCUUUACGAGGUUGUCGAGAAGAAGCUGGUUGAUACGGAGAAGGCGGCGUACAAGUUCCAUCUGGUCAGGUGCAAGGAUCAGCAUCCAAUUCGUUGUGAGGACAACGCGGCUCGACGGCCGACGCGCUUUGAGAUUGCUGAGGAUAAUAAGCUGAGGGAGAAUGGCCGGUGA